GAAAACAUUGAGGAAAGCGCUCGUGUCAGCCGCCACACGCGCGUCCGCUGCGGGAACCGUGCGGUGCAACGAGUGAAGGCGGACAUCGGCCUAACAAUUCCCGUGUGUUUUCAGCAAAGUUGGGCGAUCCGCGGCCAGCUGACCGCCGAUGAAGCGAUGAAGGGAGAGGCGGAAGUGAAGUCACUUGACAGACCGUCCAUGUUAUUAUUGUUAUUUUGGUAGCCCUGUGAUGAGACGGGCUGCUGGGGAUCCGUUGGUCUUCGAGACGUCGAGUGUCAGCGCUGCCCCAGGCCGCCCAGGACCACCACCACCCUCACCCUCACCUCACUGACCCGGAGUACAGGAGCCUCGCUGGCGGCUCAGGGGGGGAGGUGGAGGCGGAGGAGGAGGAGGGUGUGAAGACCCAGCUUCAGCUCGGCUCCUACACUCCGACCGACCAAAAAUAAAACGGCGACAAAAACAAUAACCGUCAAACGACUCGAGUGGUUUCUGCGCGGCGUGUAGCUGGGACGUGCCGCCGCAGACAUGAACGGUAUCACCAAGGGCCGGUUCGAGGUGUUCUCAAACAGCGAUGAAGCCCCCAUUAAUAAGAAGCUCCCCAAAGAGCUUCUUCUUAGAAUAUUCUCCUAUUUAGAUGUGGUGACACUGUGCCGGUGUGCCCAGGUGUCCAAGGCGUGGAACGUCCUGGCCCUAGAUGGCAGCAACUGGCAGAAGAUCGACUUGUUCAACUUCCAGACGGAUAUAGAGGGCCGGGUGGUGGAGAACAUUUCAAAGCGCUGUGGAGGCUUCCUGAGGCAGCUCAGCCUGAGGGGCUGCCUGAGCGUUGGAGACGCCUCGAUGAAGACUUUUGCUCAGAACUGCAGAAACAUCGAAGUGUUGAAUCUUAACGGCUGCACUAAGAUCACAGACAGCACCUGCCUCAGCCUCAGCAAGUUUUGCUCCAAACUCAAACACCUAGAUCUCACUUCCUGCGUGUCCGUCAGCAACCACUCCCUCAAGGCCCUCAGUGAUGGCUGCAGAAUGUUGGAGACGCUGAACUUGUCGUGGUGUGACCAGAUCACGCGCGAUGGCAUCGAGGCCCUCGCUAGAGGUUGCGCUGGUUUACGAGCACUGUUCCUCAGAGGCUGCACACAGCUGGACGACGGAGCAUUGAAACACCUUCAGAAACACUGCCCAGAACUCACCACCAUAAAUAUGCAGUCUUGCACACAAGUAACGGAUGAAGGUUUGGUCAGUCUGUGCCGAGGAUGCCACAAGCUGCAGAACCUCUGUGUGUCUGGCUGCAGUAACAUCACUGAUGCCUCUCUCACUGCACUGGGUCUCAACUGCCCCCGACUUAAGAUCCUUGAAGCUGCACGAUGCUCCCAUUUUACAGACGCUGGGUUCACUGUCCUGGCCCGAAAUUGUCAUGAGCUUGAAAAAAUGGACUUAGAAGAAUGUAUUUUGGUGACAGAUAACACCCUGGUUCAGCUGUCAAUCCACUGCCCUCGGCUUCAAGCACUGUCCCUGUCCCACUGCGAGCUGAUCACAGACGAUGGCAUCAGAGCUCUGAGCAGCAGUACCUGCGGCCAAGAGCGCCUCACCGUGGUAGAGCUGGACAACUGCCCCCUCAUCACUGACGUGACCCUCGAGCACCUGAAGACCUGCCACCGUCUGGAGCGCAUCGAGCUCUACGAUUGUCAGCAGGUCACCCGGGCAGGCAUCAAACGCAUCAGGGCCCACCUUCCAGAGAUCAAAGUCCAUGCCUACUUUGCCCCCGUGACACCCCCUCCCUCUGUACAUGGAGGUGGCCAGCGUCUGUGCCGCUGCUGCAUCAUCCUCUGACAGUGGAGGGCCAGGGGGGGCCACCUCUGUCUACAGGUCCUGCUGCUAUGAGAAGGGGGCUGAUGUCGGGUGGGGGGUGUGGGGUGGGGGAAAUGGGGUAGGCAUAGGGGAGAGAGGGGGCUGGACCCACUCACUGCUCCUGAUCACUGAUCAAAACACUGACCGAUUGCCGCUGAUCCCUGAUCAGUUGAACCCGCCCCUUCUCUCUCCUCUUGCUCACCGAUCAGCAGUGCAGCAGCCCCCCGGGUGACGGCGUGGCAGGGUGGAGGAAAGAACACGGAUGGACGGAGUUUUUCUCUUUUUCUGUCUCUGUCUCGUUCUCUCUUUCUCAUCGUGAAGACCAGAACAGGUUCUCCAUUCCGCUCUGCUCUCCCUCACAUCUCUGACUCCCCACCUGCGGGGGUAAAGGACUGCAUCUGGACAGCUGCAGGUGGGGUGGGAGGGUGAAACAGUGAAACCACAGCGCUUCAUGUUCAAACUUUAAAAAAAAAAAAAAAGAUAUUGUCAUGUUGAACACUCUCUGUGGAGAGUUAUCAUCUCAGCCGAUCACAUGACACAUCUACACGACCAUCCUGUGAUUCAUUCUGCUUUGACCAAUAGACGCACAGCACGGAGGCAGUGGAGCGCUGCACUGUGGGUAAAAUCCACAGGUUCUUCUGGAUACGAACAGUGAAGCUCUGGCACAGCUGGCUCAGCUUUGCAGUCCUGGAGAAAAAAAACAAAACAGGAAGUACAAAGUGGAACAUGUGACAUAUUUGUGCAUCUGGGAAACCUCUGUUGACAUUUUAAUUCUGUUUGUACAGAGAAUGUUUUGCAAUGGAGAGGGGGCAAAAAGAUUUAUGGCAACUCACUCAAAAAUUGGAGAAAGCCAAUAUUUUUUUUUUGUUUGGUUUCUUUUUUCAGUGCUUAUUGUAAUUGUCCAUGCCUGUCUAUUCAGAGAGGAGGAUACGCUUGUGUUUCUUUUUGAGAUGUAAAAGGAAAAACUGUUGCUGUGUUACAAAAAAAAAGGACCUAUGAUUCAGACCCUUGGUGUCUAAAAGCAUUAUAUUGACACUGUAUGCUGCUGGGAUGAGUGGCCUCUCCCAUGUACUGCGUGGAUACGUUAGCUCACAGGCCCUUAUCCAAUCCUCCUGUCAGUAGCCCUUGUGCUCUAGCUUCUACUCUACUACUUAAGCAUUUGUUUACAACCUCAAUUAGGUUAGCGGCCACAGACUAACUUGUUUACAUGGGUAGGUUUCCAGUCCAACUGCUAUUCAGACAGUUACUAAACUGAUUCUGAAUAGGUUAGUAACACUGAUACAACUGUUUUUAAACUGGACUGUGACACCCACUAUUCAGAUUUAUGCUGUGUCUGUCUGGAUCAGGGCUGACGCUAGUGCAACUUUGCUUCAAAAGCAAAAAGGAAAUUUGUUUAGAGAUAAGUAUGAGACUGUGAACAAAGGCACCUCAACUUUAUUGACAAUCACAUGAAUUUAUGUACUUGGAGGUUAAUUUAGUCUAGCUUUGUGUAAAUGUUAAUUUACAGAUGAUGUAGAAACAUAAAUGAAUUGGCUGUCAUCAAGACGUAAAGGAUCACGUGAGUAAUAAUUUGCAAUUAGUUUGUUAUACAGGUCUAUGUAUGUAAUUGAUCCCUGACAAAUUCUGGUUCAUCUAAUCCUACUAAACAUAUGUGAUGGGGUAAUUUGAAAUGCAGAGAUUGGAAAUCCCGCCACACCCCACAAACCAACAGCUAAUUUUACUCUAUACAGGCACCCCUUUAGAUCAACAGGAUUUCAACAUGAUGUCUCGUCAUGCCUGAUUACACACGUACGGGGCAUGAACACCAUCAUUUCACGCACUGAAAAUGCAACAAAACAAAAGCAGCUUUUAAUAUCGUGUUAAACAAGAGACUGAUAAGUGUCGUGUAGUGCCAAGUGCUCAAAGACUGGGGAGACUGGCAGGACAAUGGAUAGGACUGAAACAAGAGAGACCAGAUGGAAGACUUGGAUGGAUUUGAGAUACAUAGCUGACUCGACUGGCUGUGAUACUAAUGCCCUGUUUGACAGCUGUUUUAACAGUUUUAUGUUUAAGAAAAAGAAAUAAAU